CUCAACCCACCCACCUCCCACUCUCGCCACCGUGUGGUCCAGACGACCAGUCCUCUAACCGAACCAGGAAGCACCAGGCAGCGGAAGCUCGCGCUGGGAUCGGCUACCAACAAUAAUAUCGUUCCCCGCCUCCCUCACCUCUGAACGAGAACGCGAACGCGCCCUGUGAUCACUACCCCACAGCAUGUGCUCAGGACCUCGCAAGCCGUCCACACCCCCUCUGCCCGCCGCGGCGCCCAGCACCAGGGCCGUGCCGGACUACGCGGACCUGCUCGGCUCCGUCGACCCGGCCAUGCUGUCCCAGCUGCACGCGCUGUCGCUCAAGCAGGCCGGCGACAUGCCGGCGUACAGCUCCAUGGCGGACACGCAGCUGCACAUGCCGGCGUCGCCCAUGGUCGGCCCGAACUCCGCGUUCGGGCUCGACCACUCCAUGGCCAAGGCCAUCAUGAGCUCCCGCGCCUCGGCGUUCGCCAAGCGCAGCCAGAGCUUCAUCGACCGCGGCGGCCGCGCGCCGGCCGCGCGCUCGCUCAUGUCGCAGCAGCCCACCGCCGGCGCGCCGUCCAUGCUCUCCGACUGGGGGUCUCCGGACGGCAGGCUGGACUGGGGCGUCCAGGGCGACGAGCUGCACAAGUUCCGCAAGUCCGCGUCUUUCGCGUUCCGUGGGCAGUCCCCGGCCCCCGCGCCGGCUCCCGCCGAGCCAGACGUCUCGUGGGUGAACUCUCUUGUCAAGGACGGCCACGCCGGCGACAUAUUUGCGCAGUGGUCGGAGCAGGAGCAGAUGGUGGCCUAAUCUAGCUGACCAAAGUUCAUUCCUUUCCUUCAAUUGUUUUCCCCCUUUGUUUGCUUAAUUCGAUUCAUAUGAGAUGUUUUUUACUAGUACAUAUAUAUAGGACGUUCUAUAAUAUUUGUUCAUCACCAAGAAGCAUGGAUGCCCAAAGGGAGCUCUGUAUUGGAUGAGGAAGGAACACCCAGUAUUUUACUUGUACGAAUUUAUAAAUAUUUUUUAUAUUUAUUUAUAUCACUUGAUAUAUAUAUAAAAGAUAUCGAGAGGACAGUAAUA